UUCCGCACAUGAGGAAGGGAUAAAAGGCCUCGGCCCUUCAGUUUUUCUUAAUUGCAGUCUUAUUUGUGCUUGAGUUGAGCUGAGUCAGUGUCGCCAUGUCUGGCCGUGGCAAGCAGGGGGGGAAGGCACGAGCAAAGGCUAAGUCUCGCUCUUCCAGAGCUGGGCUUCAGUUCCCUGUGGGUCGCGUCCACCGUCUCCUUCGCAAAGGGAAUUACGCUGAGCGUGUUGGGGCUGGGGCACCCGUUUACCUGGCUGCAGUGCUGGAGUAUCUCACAGCUGAAAUUUUGGAAUUGGCUGGCAACGCUGCCCGGGACAACAAGAAAACUAGAAUCAUUCCUCGCCAUCUCCAGUUGGCUGUUCGUAAUGAUGAAGAAUUAAACAAACUUCUUGGAGGAGUUACUAUUGCCCAAGGUGGUGUUCUGCCCAAUAUCCAAGCUGUGCUACUGCCCAAGAAAACUGAGAGCCACAAGCCCAAAGGCAAAUAAGGAAGCUACUCCCCCCCCCAACAAGGCGUCUGCGUAAAACAAAAGGCUCUUUUAAGAGCCACCC